GUUGUGGCAUUCGCGCGCCGCAAACGAGGAAAAACUAAUUUUCCACCAAUGGUCUCGAUUCAGUCUUGUGUCGGUAUUAGCAUUGGACGGGAACGUUUCCUCCGAACGACCAAAAUAACGGUACAACUAGCGAGCGCGCUAAAUGUGAUUAACUAUGCGGUAAAACAAAAAAAAAAAAAACAUUGCAAAUGCAAUGUAGUGCACAUUUUGCAAAAGCCGCAGACGCUUUUUUCGAUGAAUAAAUAAAAUAUAUUUAGGAAAAGGUAGUUUUGAACCAGUGAAAAAUGAAGUGCUUUUCAAACUUAGACGCCGCUGAAGCGUGUGCAAGUGUAUAGUGUCUUGACGCUGGUGCGAAAAGUUUGUUGCCGAUAAACGGGAAUCGAGUUGAAUGUGCAUGAUGGUGCAAAAAAUGGUGAAUUCAAGCGGUAUUAAUGGCAACAAUAUACUAAGCAAAGGGCUGCAAUAUUUUUGAAAACCGAUUGCCUGGAUUUCUGAAAAAUAAAAAUAUAUUAUGUGUGCCUCAAGUGAAGCUUUGGAGUUAUGGUAUAGAGGUUGAAGAAAUAACAACUAUUUGAACGAGAGAAAACAUAUAAAAAAUUUUAAAAUAUAUAUAGAAAAAUAACAACUUAAAUCAUCAUAAAAAAAAUACUACAAUAAUAAUUUCAACUGGGUACAAAUGCAAAACUUCCAAAAACGAAACGAAAUUGUGUAAUAGUGAAAAAGCAACAAUUUGCUAACAGUGCCACAAACCUUGCGAGCGUCAUAAAUAUUUGCCGGCAUUCUUCUUUGCUUGCACAGCGACGUUGAAUUACGAGGUGUUCGCCGCAAUUUUGUGUGCGCUUCCGGCGUCAUUUGUGCAUUUCCGGACGGGCGGGCAAGCGUGCGUGCCAAUACGUAUACCAACAAACAUACAAGCACAACAACAAAGUGAAAGUGUUAGCUGAGUUGGUGUAUAAAUGAAAACACAAAAAUUCUAGCAAUGGCGACCUACAAAGUUUACUAAAGAUUCAAAUCUCUUGAGAGUGAACGGAUAACAAAAUGUAGCAGUUAUAAACAUAUGUAAGACAUACUGCAUCAAAAUCUUUCUAAAUAAAAAAAGAGCUACAAAGUGAAAAAUUUUACAAACUAAAGCCACCAUAGUCAGCUGGGAGUAACAACAAACUACUAAAAUGAAGCUUAGUAAUGCAAUAACACUACCCUGGAUUUUUGGUUCGUUAUUUGGCCUUUUAACUGUCACGGCCUGGCCUGAAAUUCCGUCGAAAGGCAAACACACGCGGGUGCAGGGCGCGCAGAAAAUCGACGAAAAUGAUCCCACUGCGCCUGGCUUUCCGGAACCCAUCAACAACGUGACAGUAUCUGUGGGCAGAGAUGCGCUACUGGCGUGCGUCGUUGAUAAUCUGAAGGGAUAUAAGGUCGCUUGGGUGCGUGUGGACACACAGACAAUACUCUCCAUACAUCACAACGUCAUAUCGCAGAAUAAUCGCAUCAGUCUAAGUUACAAUGAUCAUCGCUCUUGGUAUUUGCAUAUUAAAGAGGUGGAAGAGAGCGAUCGCGGUUGGUACAUGUGUCAGGUAAACACGGAUCCAAUGCGCUCGCAAAAAGGAUAUCUACAAGUUGUGGUACCUCCCGUUAUCAUUGAAAGCAUGACCAGCAAUGACAUGGUGGUUCGUGAAGGUCUAAACGUGACGCUAAUGUGCAAAGCACGUGGUUAUCCGGAGCCGUAUGUGAUGUGGCGGCGAGAAGAUGGCGAGGAAAUGCUCAUUGGUGGUGAACACGUUAACGUGGUUGAUGGCGAGUUGCUGCAUAUAACCAAAGUGAGUCGCCUGCACAUGGCCGCCUACCUCUGCGUUGCAUCAAACGGAGUGCCGCCAUCCAUCAGCAAGCGGGUGCACCUGCGCGUGCAAUUUCCGCCAAUGCUUUCCAUCCCCAACCAGUUAGAGGGCGCAUAUGUGGGACAAGAUGUGAUAUUGGAAUGUCAUACAGAGGCGUAUCCUGCGUCCAUAAACUACUGGACAACCGAGCGGGGUGAUAUGAUUAUAUCGGAUACCUCGCGUGCUGGCGACAAAUACGAGACAACCUCAACGGUUAGUGGUUACACGAAAUACAUGAAAUUAAAAAUACGCUCUGUGGGUCCCAACGAUUUCGGUACUUAUCGAUGCGUCGCUAAAAAUUCAUUGGGCGAAACGGAUGGCAACAUUAAACUUGAUGAAAUGCCCACACCCACAACUGCAAUUAUAUCAGAGAAUUCUGCCUGGAAUCGGAGUUUUGUUGGUAAACACCGCCAUAGAAAUAAAUUUGACUUGAAUGCCUUACCUGAUUACGGGGUUGAGGAGUGGCGCGACGGUGUCGGCAACGGCGUGGCAGGCAAUUCUUUGGGCGAUAAUAAUCAAACGCCAGUGCGUAAUCCUCCGGGCGCUUUUCACAAUUCAGCAAACUCACUGGCGCAACAUAAUCUACUUGGCGGUAUAAUUCUUUGGAUUAAAAUGCAAUCAUUUGGGAUUUACAAGCGUUUAUCGAGUUGGUGCCAAAGCAAGCGGCAACGACAACACCAACAACACCAACAGAACGCAGCAAAGCCGGAGCAAAGGCAAAGACAACCACAACAGCUGGCGGCAAGGCCACACAAAACAGGAAAACAACACGCACAACAACAAGAGCAACAACAAAUUAAAUGGCUACCAUUAAAGCAGCAACCAGCAAAUCAUUUUUCUUCACUUCAACGGUGCGCCACUGCGUAUGAGCAAGCAGCAGCACGGUGCCACAAAGUAGUACAAGUUGGGGCAGAGGUGGAGGCGCGGAGCACUUGCGGUUUGUUAGCUUACACGCAACGCGGUUGCUUACAGCAGCCAUCUCAAUGGCUGAUAAGGCAAAUUGAUGCGUCAGCCGCGGCAUGCGAGGAAAGUGAGGUUAAAAUGAAAUACGAAAACACGAAAAGUAAUGAGUUGCGCAACAAAGUCAGCGGCGCGUUUGAGCCAUUAGAUAGCCAUAUGCCGAUGACUUUGCAGCCACUUGCGUUGACAGCGCCAUUUUUACACGCCAUAUCAAAUGGAAUAUCAGCUACGACAACGAAAGCAACAACAAGAGCUAUGAAUUUGUUCUUUAUCAAGACAAUGGCGGCAAAUAGCGUUGAAAAUUUCACAAUGCAUAGGCAAAAAUUGGCUGAGCACAUCAACGCUGCUGCAAUAGUGAGUGUUGAGCGCAGACGAUACUCACUAAUAUGCAACAAUAAUAACAACAACAACCACAGCAGUGAAAAUGCAAAUGGAAACAGUUAUGUGAGUGCGAAUGAGCGCGUUAAUAAAGACACUGAGCAAAACCCAAAUGUCGGCAACAACAGUAAGCGCAGCAAUAAGACAGUCGGCAAAGUUUGUGCUAAUGCUAGUCGUUACAGUGCGUGUGACAGCACAAUAAACGAGAAUCUUCUUCUGUCACAUACAAAGCUCAGUUUCGCAUUGCUGUUUGUGGCAGUUUCGCUGCUGCUGACAUACGCAGACGACGCUAAUAUUCUUGAGCGUUAUUUGCCGUUACUUUUAUUAGCCACAUAUGCAAGUCAGGCUAAUACACAAAAACAAUUACAACAAAAAGACGUGCGAGUGCGAAAUAGCCACCUAAAAACCGUGUGCAGCGAUGCCGGCAGCAACAACAACACGCCAACAACUAAAACAACAACAGCAUUUUCGUUUAGCUGCCAAAGUUUCGGCAAUGCCAUGAAGAUCACUUCAUUUGUCCGCAUAAUAAGAUUUCUGCGUCAACCACAAUGCGUGCUGUGGAAAUCAACAUCAUCACCUGGAGUAACAACAAAAACAACAACAGCAACAGUAACCCACUCACAACGGCAAGCAACAAUAAGCAGCCGCAAGAGGCCAACAAUAAACCGCAACUUAGCGUUGGCACCGGCCGCGGCUGUGUCCAGCACAAUAAAUACACAAGUAACAAAAUCAACAACAACAACAACGAGCAGAGCAGCAGCAGCGUUAGCGGUAAGGGUAACGAGCCUUCGUGCGCUAUGUUGCGGCACAGCAUUGAGAUGAAAUCAAAUGAUUACAUGCUGUCGGCAACUAAGCAGGCGCGGGUGGGGUUCGGCGUUUGUGGUUGAUGGCGCUGAUGAUUUGCAAAAUGUCGCAUCCAUGGCAACUGAGUAGGCGCACAAUAGGUACAAUAUUUAGAAUUGAAAAAAAAAUCACAUAUAAGCAUACAUUUACACAGUUAUUUGGUACAUAUGUAUGUAUAUAUGUGUUAUUUACCACAUAUGUACAUACUAAAAACAAAAGGACAUAAAGAAAGACAAAAGUCGCAAAAAGUUAAUUUCCAGAACGUGUGCCCAUAAUCAAACAUAUGCACAGAAAAACACACACAUGUAUAUUGUGUAUACUCGUACACUUACAACAUACCCGUAUGUCAAAAUAUAUAUUUACACACACUGCAGCACACCUAAGAAAAUCAAAAGCAAGAACUACACACCUCAGUUGGGAAUGAAGCCACACUGUGCGCUGACACUCUGCGGCACCUGGCGGUGAGUUACUUUAAGGAAUGGUACAAGUCAGCUUACAUUUGGUCUGAAUAUUCACAUAGUACAUACUAUGUAAAUAAGAAAUCCAUUAUUUUGGCAUUAAAUUGAAGCUUUUAAUUGGCAUAUUUGGAAUUAUCCGAUUUAUGUAAAAUAUGCACAGUACUGGUCGAUGACUUGUUAAAAUUUUAAAAUGAAUUUCAUAAAGUCAAUCUCUUAGAAACGCACGUCCCCAUUUCCAAAAAACUGCGAAAGAUAAUUUUCGUAGCUUACAGUGAAGCGCAAAAGCAUUCGCCAUAGACAAAAACAGGUAUUAAUCUGUCGUUGCCACGUACCAACUAGAAGGUGGAUGCAUUCCAAUCAAACUCCCGGAGAUUCUGGCGAGCCACUAUGGAUGUGUGUGGCCUGGCGCUGUCCUGAUAGAUGAUGGAACGUUUCCACUUCUGUUGCCCAAAGCUGGCACUUCUGUGCCAUUGCUUACUUCAAACGGUCCAAUUGUUGACAACAAAGAUCCCAAUUAAGACUUUGGCCGUAGGGGGAGGAGCUCAUAGUACAAGAUUUACUGCCAAUCCCGAUAAAAGUCGGUUUCGCAAGUAAUUUUCCUCAAGUACUAUGUAAAUAAUUGGAUGUCGAUGAUUUGAAUAUUUCUGUAAUUAGUUAUAAUUAUACCCUGAACAGGGUAUAUUAAGUUUACCACGAUGUUAGUAACACCCAGAAGAAAACGUCAGAGACCUUUUAAAAUGAUCGAAUUGAUUAUAGAUUGAUGUAGCCAUGUCCGUCUGUCUGUCUGUCGGUCUGUAUAUAUGCGAACUAGACCUUUAGUUUUUGAGAUAUCGAUCUGAAAGUUUUCAGACGUUCUGCUCGUCCUAAAAAGCUGCUCAUUAAUCGGUACCGCCGAUAUCGGAUCACUAUAGCACAUAAUUGUCAUACAAACUGAACGAUCGGAAUCAAGUUUUUAAUGCUUUAACAAAAAUUGAGUUAUUAACAUAAUUUGUAAUUCUUAUGUUUUCAAAUCACCCUAAUGUAGUGGGAAAUCCAAAUGCGCUUUAUAAGAAAGCAACAACAUGAAAGCGAAAUCGAAAUUGUCGCGAACACUGUAAAUCAACAAACAAGGAAAUCGAGACGCUUAAAAGCAUAAAAAGAACAUGUAAAUAAUAGGAAAAUUAUACCGCAACGAGGAGCGCGGUAAUUGCUAAGCACACAUAACUCACAUAUCCUUGGAUCAAACGUUCAUUGCCGCAAUAAAUAAAUAGCAAGACGAAGCCACGGGUACAACCGGCAUAAUAUGCUUUUAGUACCAGAAAUCGGUAAAAUACUGAUACGCUAUUUGCUUAACAUUCCUGCACUUACACACACACACUUACAUACACACACACAAACACCGAUACACACGCUUAUGCAUGUGUGGGUACACACUCCAGUAAGGACUUCCGCAAAUCGACAGUUAAAUACACUCGUAUAAUACUCGUUUUUGUUGUUGGAAAAUGUUGAUUUCGUCGAGAUUUAAUGAAUGCUACAAUCGCACAGAUUUACAUGGAAAUGAGUGGGUUUGCAGGCGUAAGCAUUAUAAGUGUGUGGUAGUCUUGAUUGCUUGAUUUCAUGAUUGCUAUGCUUUGUAUGGCUAAUGAAUGAAUAUCGUAAACGAUGCCGUGAUUGAGCACAGAGAAAAAAAUAGUAACAUACAUGUGGGAGUGGUACGCGUGCGGAAAUGUGUGUAAAGGAGCUUCAAGUAAAGAAAAUAAAACGCAAUGCUACUUCUAUGAAAUAUACUUCAAGUAGUCGUUGGGCUUUUCAUGGGGUAGCCUUUUCAAUUCAAAACAGCUUUCUCAAAGAAAUAAGCACUCUGAAAGAAUCAAAAGCAACAAAGUAUUGCUUCAUUCCUAUUUGUUUUUAAGCAUAAUUGCACUCUUUUUAUAUGUUUAUUUUUAAUUGAUAUUCAUAUUGGUUUUCCAAAAUAUUUAAUUUUUAAGGCUUUAGAGCAGUAAUGGGCAAACUUACACAUUCAAACGAUUUCUUUUUUGAAAGUGUAUACAUGUGGAGAGGCACUCAACUGUCCUAGCAGUACGCUCUACUGGAGCCACCCAGUACGCUCUACUGGAGCCACCCUUUUUCAGUUUAAGAAUAUGCAUCGCUGGUUCAGAGCGUAUUUCGUUAAAGCUGGAAUUCUAUAGAAUCUUCCUCUAGUAUGAAUGAAAAAGGUAAAGUUCAUCUGACUUCGUGAAACCUUAACUAGCGAUAGAUUACCAUAUUAAAUAUAUGCUAGUACCAUAAUUAUCUUUUCUUCUCCCACCAGUUAAAACUUAUUGCGGAGAUAUGGGUGAGAUUAGGUUAGGUUUGAAGGUCGAUCCUAAGGAGGCAGCUUAAACGCCGGCCCGUUGUGGUACCUAAAACUGCUAUAAUCUGGAUCAAAAGACCCUUACAUGUCGACAAAGCGCUUUGUGCUGUUUCAAUCUCAGCCUAGCAAAAGCCGGACAGUGGAGGAGAAAGUGCCGGGAUGUUUCCAUCUCACCCUCUUCCAUACAACUUUGACAACUAGCAUCGAGUAGUAUUCUAAGCCGUACCGCAUGAGUUCCCAUUGGACAGUGCCCAGUAAGAACUCCUACCAUAGCGGCGAGAUGAACUUUGUUCAUGGCGAGAAGUUCCCCCGAUCUUCUGCGAUCCACUCUCGGCCAGAAGGAUCUCGCAGUCGCACAGGAGUCGCUUGUCGACCAGAUUUUGCUGAGUACAUGCGAGGUUCAUUGGUCUAGAGCCAAAACGCAAGACGUUAGUUGAUAUCCAACUCGAUCCCAUUCCGAUGUGAGCGGGGCAAGGGUGACCCCCUGGCUAGCUCAUCGGCUUUGUAAUUGCCAGCGAUUCCACUGUGACCAGGCACCCAAACGAGCCUGAUGUUGAAGUAGCCAGAUGCUAUUUCUAGUGAGGACAGACACUCCUUGACUAGCUUUGUUUGCACGGUUCGCGUACUCAGAGCUAGUAUUGCCGAUCUGCUGUCGGAGUAAAUGCUCACCUCUCUAAACGAGGCUACACUUCGUAGCAGUACUUCUACCGCCACCUUGAUAGCAAGCCACUUCCGCCUGAAAAACGCUACAGUGGUCCGGUAGCCUAAAGCUAAGAUUGACGGAAAGCUCUUUAGAGAAAACCCCCUCUCCAACUUUCACUUCUAACUUCGACCCAUCCGUGAAAAAUCUCACCGCGCCUCUUAUCCAGCGGUUUCUUCCCAUCCACAUCUCCCUCGUCGGAAUAUGAGCAGAGAACAAGGCGCCUCGAGUGGCUGCUAUGAAGUAGUGAUCCAAAUUUUGCAAUUACAGCUGAAGGAGGAGAGAAUUUCGGCGUAUCCUUGUUCGGACCUCUUCAUAACCCAGCUUCCCUGAGCCUUAGAGCACACUUUGCAGCAAUGCACCUGCCGGCAAUGUUCACAGGUGCUGUAUAUGUUAAGAAUAGCAUUAAGAGCUAUCCUUGGUGUGGUCAGCAAUGCACCGGAAAUUUCGAUGAGCGCCGCUCUUUGGACCCGCUCAAGCUUUUUAGCCAGUGUAGCCAGAACACCAUCUUUGGUGACAGUCCCCACCUUUUCCCUAUAGCUCUCCUACAGCAAUGUAAGGCGACCGAUGCCUUCUUAGCUCUCUCCUCAAUGUUUGGCAUUCAAGAAAACUUUCUAUUGAGGAUAAGCCCUAGCUAGGUAUUUUACCCCUUAUGCGGAGAGAUAUUCGUAUACAAUAUUGACGCAAUUGAUAGCAGAACUUAAUACUUUUUUAUAUCUUCUUCUUAAGGGGUUAAGGGGUUUCGUCUAGCAAAAAACGCCCUAUUUUCAAUCAUUUUUGUUUUCAUAUAAAAAAUUAAAUAUUUUAUUCAAACUUUUUAUUAUUCCGAAGAUACAUAGUUGAUAAAAAUUUUGUAAAGUUUUCAAAGGAAAAUAUUUAAAACUCGGUCAUUACGGCGUCAUAUCCGGCAAUCCCUCGGGAUCAUCAAAAGUAAAGUGAAAAAAUACGUGUUCGAACUAAGACCAUUAGCUUGGUAUUAGGCGGAGAAAAAACUAAUGAAGAACAUUUCUCGAAGUUUUUUUUGUUGUUUAAAACGAUUAUAAAUGAAAGAAGAUAAUUGUAAUUGAAUUCAAGACCUUGUAAAGGAUAUCUUGAGUUGAGUAGUUCGCGAGAAAUCUUGACCGACUUUGAAAACACAGUUUAGAGAAAAACGCAUUUAAAGUUUUAAGUGACUAUAGAGCUGAAAUUGAGCGCGCAAAGGUGAAAAUAUAGUUUUGUGAAACUGGAGUCUUGAAAUUUUUGUAAAGAAAGCAAAGUUUAAUUUACUUUUGGUCAAAUUCAAAAUUUGUAAAGAGUCAAAUCUUAAAGCAUAGCUUAACUGCAAACGAUUGUAUUUCAUGUGAAAUCUUUUUCAUCGCUCUCAUCAUACAUUCAUUUCCUCUAUUUACUGAAAGGUGUGAUAACUUGCUAUUCUAGUAAUUUAUACGGAGUAUAUUAACACUUCGAAAGCUGUGCAGGUAUAGAGAAAAUACUCAUAUUGAAUGGUUCGUCAAAAAUUGUAGAAGAAUUUAGCAGUCGUUGCCUGAUAACGUAUCAUUACUUUCUGUCAACAAAUUAAGUUAUUGUAGUUUUAAUAAAAUAGAGUUUCAAAAUAAAACUGCAUAUUGAAAAAACCAAAAAUUUAUAUUGGUUCGUCCAGCGAGUUAACGACUAUUUAUUUUUCACGAGUUCAUCACACAUAUCGAGCACAUCAUAAAUACCAAACAUAAUUUCUCGAAAAUUGCUUUAGUGUGCAAAGUUAAAAUCCGAAUUUGCAAGCUUAAAGGCUCUGGUUGGCUCGUUACUACCGAAAGCUCUCACUACUAAAGCCGCACUUAUGGGGUUUAUAUAACAAGCAAAAAGUCAAAAGGUUUUUAUUUAAAAAAAAUUUAAAUUUAUAUUUCCUAUUAUUAUAAAAUAAUAACGUUUAUUAAUGUCACUGCACAAUCAGUUCUCUUUUACAAACGGGUUCUAAAAUAAAACUUUGUCUGAUUUCGGUACUCAACGCAAAUCCCAACAUUUCCCAAUUCAUCAAAGACAAAACUAAUUACGAACCAUACAAACAGUUGAAGCACCAAUGAAAGAAUUUUACCAAACCAAAAUACAAUAACAUAAGCGCAUUUAUAGUCGACGAAAUAAAAUGAGAACAAAUAAUAUAAAUGUAAAGCUGAAGAGAUUACUUUUACGUUAAAAAAAAUAAUAGUUUUAAAAACAAAAAUUAUUAUAAAAAAUAUAUGAAAAAAACUAAAAAUUGUUAAGAAUGUUAGAAAUUUGGUAUUAGGAAAAUUAUAACAAAAAAAAAAAAAAAAAAACAAAAAAAAAACACAAAAACAAGAAAUAAUGGAAAUAUUAGAAGACAUAUGAUUGCUGCUGGUUUUUGCGCCUCGUUGUAAUGUUAAUGGCAUAGAAAAAAAUAUACAAUUGAAGUAAUUACUAUAUCAAAUAGACACAUACACACUUACGAAUAUGGCUAAAGCGGGGGAGUAAACUAUGUUUGUAUGUAUGUAUGUUUGCUGCAAUAUAAUGAAAGCUGUUAAUCAAAUUUGCAUUUAGCUGACAACUAAUAUAUAUAUAUAUAUAUAUAUUACAUUUAUAAAUAGGUAUAUGCAUAUAUAUACAAAUAUUUAGAUUUUACAUAUUAAUACGUUACGAGAAGUGUAUGCGAAUUUACACAAAUAUAAAAUAAAAUAAAUUUACUGAAGCAGACAGCCUGAAGUGAAAGCACAUCGGCGUAUUUAAGUGGAAACUAUUAUAAUAUAUAUGGGUAUAUGUUGCAAAACAAAUAUUAUAAAUAUUUAUGUCAUAAGUAACUGAGCAAAACAGAAGUUAAUUUAUGUAUAAAUGGUAAAGAAUACAAAAAAUAUAUAGUUUUUAAUGUACAGCUUAUAAAGCAUUUACUAAGGAUUAAUAUUCGAGAAUGUAAAAAUCAUACUUAACUUUAAUGUAAAAAAUAUCAAAAGUAAUUGUAAAUAAAAACAAAAAAUAUUGUACUUGUAUAUACAUAAUACCCAAAUUAUAAUAAAAAUAAAUUUUCUUUUUCUGUUCUAAAAAUUUCUAUAUGCAAUCUGCGAACUGUCGUUUGUACAUAUAAACGUUAGCUAUAAAUGCAUUCAAUUAGGUAUUCAUAUAGUUUUUGAGUAAAAAUAAAUUUUCAGAAUUUUCAAAAAAUUUUAGUUUCUUUUUUAUACUUUGACUGAAAAUAUUAAAAAUAAUUAAAAUGAAAAUACGCCCAAAUUUCCGAAAAAAAAAUUAGGAAAAAAGUCGAAUUUAUAUUUAUUUUAGAUUUAACAAAUUUACAUAUACACUGAACUUUUUGUUUUAAAUUUAUCACGUACUUUUUAAUGCCCAGAAUAUGUAUGUAUGCAUACAAAUGAACAGCGUGAGUCAAUUUAGCCAUGUCCGUCUAUCCGUCUAUCCGUGUGUCUGUAAAAAUGCGAACUAGUCCCUCAGUUUGUAAGAUAUUGAUCUGAUAAGUGCAAUUUUGUCAAAAGCACCAGUAAAUUUAUAUAGUCUACGUAGAGAGUAGUCUUUCGAUUCUAACUGUACAUAUUAUAUUUGCAUCACAACGUGAGUCCAUUUGAUAUAAGGCUGUUACGUUCGUAAUCACUCAGCUCGGCUCUCUUGUAAAAAAAUGUGCAUGCGAAAGCAAUAACAAAGCUAUAGAGUUGAAUACAAUACAAAAGAGUAUAUACAUAUAUUCGUAUCUCACUCUUACUAUUCUAUCUCUAUGGGAUUUUUGUCAAUUACUUGUUCGAUUCGGCACUCACCAAGUCGAAAUGAAGGAUGAAAGAAAUGUUUUGGUCUGUAUACACACUUCCAGGUAAAACACCAAAAAAUUUCUUUCUGAUUAGUUAGUUAGUGCAAAUAAGUAAUCCAAAAAA